UGCUUCGGGACGCCCCUCCCGGAUCUCCGACCUCGUUAUCUGCCCAUGGGCUGCUAUGGCUGCGAGUGAGCUGGUGAAUCUGCCACAGAGUCCCAUGGCAACAAAAGGGAAUUUGGAACCAUCACAGAGCCAUGUGACCUUUGAGGAUAUUGUGGUGUACUUCUCCCAGGAGGAGUGGCAGCUCCUUGAUGAAGCUCAGAGGUGUCUAUAUCACAACAUAAUGCUGGAGAACUUUGCACUUUUGGCCUCAGUGGGUUGUUGCCAUGGAGUAGAGGCUGUGGAGGCCCCUCUUGAGCACACUGCUUCCAUAGGAAUGUCACAGGCCAGGAUUCCAAAGCCAGGUUCUGCCAUCUCAAAUGCCCACCCCUGUGAGAUGUGUAUCCUGGCCAUGAAAGACAUUUUGUACCUGGCUGCACAUGAGGGAGCACUUCCUGGGCAGAAACCAUAUGUUAGUAUGGCAUAUGAGAAAUACUUUUCAUUUGAUUUGAACCUACACCAGAACCAGAACCAAUGCAGCAGAGAUGAACACAUCAGAACAGAGGAAAAUAGGGCCUUGCUAGUAAAUACCUACAAAAUCCCCAUGUUGGGCAACCAUUUUACAUGCAAAGAUGUUGAGAAAGAUUUCCUAGUCAGCCUGGGCUUUCUCCAACACCAGAACACCCACACUGAAGACUAUCCACAUAGAAGCAGGGAUACCUUUCACACUCAGCAAAGGCAUUACAAAUGUAACAAAUGUGAACAAGUUUUCAAUGAGAAGGUUCAUGUCUUUGAGCAUCAACAAGUUCAUAAUGGAGGAAAAGCUUAUAAACAUAGUAGUGAAUGUGGGAAAUCCUUGAGCUGUAACUACUCGCUUGUUCAGCAUCAGAAAAGCCAUAAUGGGGAAAAGCCUUAUGUGUGUAAUGUGUGCGGGAAAUCUUUCCUCCACAAACAAACACUUGUUGGGCACCAGCAGAGAAUUCAUACUGGAGAAAGGUCUUAUGUAUGCACGGAAUGUGGGAAAUCCCUAAGCUCCAAAUACUCCCUUAUUGAACACCAGAGAACCCAUAAUGGAGAAAAGCCUUAUGUAUGCAAUGUGUGUGGGAAAUCGUUCCGCCACAAACAAACAUUUGUUGGGCAUCAGCAGAGAAUCCACAGUGGAGAAAGGCCGUAUGUAUGCACUGAAUGUGGAAAAUCCUUUAUCCAAUCCUCUGACCACAUUCGACACCAGAGAAUUCACACUGGAGAAAGGGCUUAUGUGUGCAAUGAAUGUGGAAAAUCCUUUAUCUACAAACAGUCACUUCUUGAUCACCAGAGAAUCCAUACUGGAGAAAGGCCUUAUGAAUGCAAUGAAUGUGGGAAAGCUUUCAUCCACAAAAAAAGACUUCUUGAGCACCAGAGGAUCCACACUGGAGAAAAGCCUUAUGUGUGUGUCAAAUGUGGAAAAUCAUUUAUUCGAUCCUCUGACUACAUACGACACCAGAAAAUUCACACUGGAGAAAGGGCUUAUGAGUGCAGUGAAUGUGGGAAAACCUUCAUCUGCAAACAAACACUUCUUAAGCACCACAAAAUCCACACUAGGGAAAGGCCUUAUGAAUGCCAUGAAUGCAGGAAAGGCUUCUACCUCGAAGAUAAACUUCUUCAACACCAAAGAAUCCACAUUAGAGAACAACUUUAUGAAUGCAAUGAAUGUGGGAAAGCCUUCAACGACAAAAAAAGACUUCUGGAGCACCAGAAAGUUCAUACUGGAGAAAAGCCCUGUGAGUGUAGUGAAUGUGGAAAGUGCUUUAGACACUAUUCCAGCCUCAUUCAACAUCAGAAAGUUCAUACUGGAGAGAGGCCUCAUAAGUGCAGUGCAUGUGAGAAGUCCUUCAUCUACAAAAACAAACUUGUAGAACAUCAGAGAAUCCACACUGGAGAAAAACCAUAUGAAUGCAGCAAAUGUGGGAAAGCCUUCAACAAAAGGUAUUCCCUUGUCAGGCACCAGAAAGUUCAUACAAGAGAAAAGCCUUAGCCAUUGGUGGGAUGUGCAGUUGAUUACCUUGUUCACCGUAACACCAGAGAGAUUUCUCAAGGUAUUCAUCAGACAGAAGUUGAACCUCACACAUCUGAAGAUCAACAGUUGGACAGACAAUUCACUAUGAGGAAGCUUUCUGGAGCUAACUUCUGCUUUCUUAUCUUGCCAGCAUUGCAGCAGACACUAUAAUGUGGCAUAGCUCCAUAGUGUCCAUCAACCAGUUGUGUUGAAGGUAUGCAGACCUUUGUGUCUCACCAAAUUCUGAAGGGGACUGUGAAUAAUGUGAGCUUAUUGGGGGUCUUCCCCCAAUCUGCUGAACUAUUCAAGGCAUACAUAGGACCUAGCUUUGGCCAAGAAAAGCUGUCUAGGUUCUAGUAGCCUAUGGAUAUUUACCUUUUUCAUAAGUACCUUUUUUUUUCUAAUGUGAUUGCCAUGGUAGGGCUUUCCUUACUCUACCAAAGAGAGAAAUGGUACAUCACACAAUUUAUUGAUGUUUGUACUAAACAUCUUACUUAAACUACCUUUAAGCUUGAAAGUUGUUUGUACUGUGUGGGUUGGAUUUAGAACAGAAUUGUUUACCCCAGUGCAAAGGGUAAACAGCUUUUGUGGGAACCCCAACUUUAUGUGCCUCCAGAAGAGCAUGGGAUGAUAUUAAACUAAUUC